GAGUCGUAUUUGUGAGGGCGGGAGGGGUAAGGAAGCUUUCUGUAAUCAGGAGGAAGUGAGGUUAGGGCGGAAGUAGCGGCGCUGGAGGGCAGUAUGGCGGCGCGGGUGCUGGUGGAGGGGCGGCCAUGGCGGAGCCUGCUGCCCGCGGUGCUGUGGGAGAGGCCGCGCCGGCUGCAGCACCAGCGGGAGCCCGGCCGGUCUGACCAGCCUAUACAAAUGGAGAACCCCUAUAAAGAACCUCCUAAAAGAUGUGUCUUAUGUGGAAUAAAUGUAGACUACAAGAAUGUGCAGCUAUUGUCCCAGUUUGUUUCUCCAUAUACUGGUUGCAUUUAUGGCAGGCAUAUAACAGGCUUGUGCAACAAGAAGCAGAAGGAAAUUUCAAAAGCGAUUAAAAGAGCUCAUGUAUUGGGAUUUAUGCCAGUUAUGUUUAAGAACCCAUCAUUUCUCACAGACCCCAAGAUAUGUAAUAUCAAAUAUCCGGAGUAAUGUACUGUAAAGAAGUAAACAAUAAAACUACUUUUCACACUUA